AGGAUAUCGUAGUUUGUUCACGUGAGCACGUCACGAGCUCUGACGACAACACUACCAAGUUUGCUGCUUACGGUUGACAGCUGAUAGCUUUACACAGUCCACCCACUGGUUACCAAACUGAGGCAAGAGGGCCGAGUCUGUUUUUGUACUUGCGCUCUACCAACUCCUUGCAUAACUGGUUAUUGCUGUCGAAGAGGGACGAUAUUAAUGGUUUUGUGUUUUUACCCUGUUUGAUUAUUAGGACAUUUAUAGACGUCAUCAGAAGUUACUUGCUUUAAUUUUGCUAUAGUCUUUUUUGGAUAGUAAGAUAAUGGAAAUAAUAAUCAGCCAGCCCCCUGCACUACACACUCAACAGGAUCUGGAUCUGAUUGAUAUUUUGUGGAGGCAAGACAUAGACCUUGGUGCAGGGCGUGAAGUGUUUGAUUACAAUCAAAGACAGAGGGAAUAUGAGCUUGAAAAACAGAAGCAGCUUGAGAGAGAGCGGUUGGAGCAGCUCCAGAAGGAGAAAGAAGCUACCCUACUGGCCCAGCUUCAGCUAGACGAAGAGACAGGUGAAUUUGUUCCAAUAGUACAGCAUAUCAAAUCAGAAGACAUCUCUGCACCCCUGAGAGACUCUCCCCAGAACAUAUGUGUUUCAAGCCAAGAUGGUAAUGCCCUGUCUUUUGAUGAAUGCAUGCAGCUUCUGGCAGAGACAUACCCAUUUGUUGAGAUGCCUACAGCUACCCUUCAGUCCACCAUUGCUACACAGCCUGACAGCAGUCCUUUCUUCAGCUCCCCUCACAACAGCCAGCCAGAUGAAUCCUGCGUUGUACCAGAUCUGGAGGAUGCUUGGGAUGUAAUUUUGUCUAUACCAGAGUUGCAGACAUUCUUACCUCAACACAGUUUCACCAAGUCAUUCAGUGAGUUCAGAUGCUUUGUCUACAAAUGUGUCUUAUAGUUCCACUGGUUUCUGUGACCCUUUCUACUCUGCACUAGUAAAUACGGAAAAGAGUGAUACACCAUCAGAAAAUGUUGAUCACCCCUUUACAGAUCUGGUGAGUGAGCCGCCUUUUGAAUCUUUGGAUGCAAGUGAGCCACCUUUUGAAUCUUUGGAUGCAAGUGAUUUAACUGUUUGUGAAGACUUCAGUGAUGGAGAUGGUGGUUCUGCUGUUGUGUCUGAAAUCCCAGAUUCAGACUCUGGAUUAGGUAUGGAUGAAAGUCCCAGACCAAGUUCACCAGAAAACUCAAAAGGCUCACCGCAAUUUAGAGGUACUCCUUUUGGGUUCAGAGAUUCUGAUUUGGAAGAUAUGGACAGCAGCCCAGGAAGUGUUAAACAAGAUUUUGUCCAAAUUUAUCCAGUCUGCUUCCAAGGAGAUAAUUACCAUAUUGCUAGCCCUCUGAUAUCCCUAGAACAGCCUUUAAGUGUCAAGUCUCAAGGCUCACCAGAAAAUGAAUUGCCUGCUAGUCCUGGUUACAGCAAAGUUCCAUUCACAAAAGAUAAGCAGCAAAGUCGUGUGGAGUUGCGGCUCAGCAGAGAUGAGCAGCGAGCAAGAGCACUGAAUAUCCCUUUCUCAAUUGAUAAAAUAAUCAAUCUUCCUGUUGAUGACUUUAAUGAAGUAAUGUCAAAGCACCAGUUCAAUGAGGCCCAGCUUGCUCUCAUUCGAGACAUUCGCAGACGGGGUAAGAAUAAAGUAGCAGCCCAAAACUGCAGGAAACGAAAGCUAGAGAGCAUAGUGGGUCUGGAGAAUGAACUGGAUCAUCUGAAGGAGGAAAAAGAUAAAUUGCUUCAAGAAAAAGGAGAGUAUGACAGAAGCCUUCGUGAGGCAAAGCAGCAACUCGGUACCCUCUAUCGUGAAGUCUUCAGUAGGCUUCGCGAUGAAGAUGGGAAGCCUUACUCUCCCAAUGAGUACUCACUACAGCAAACCAGAGAUGGUAAUGUGUUCCUUGUUCCUAAAUUUAAGAGAUCGUGACUAAAGAGACAGUUUUAUUUAACAGCUUUCCUGGUGUUCUUUGCAUCACAGAAAUACCAGGACAGUACCGGGACUGAGAGUAUAUAUGCGCAUGUUUGUGUGUUUUUUUAGUUUUGUUUAACUUUGCCUUUUUUUUUUUUUUUUUUUUACAUAGCACUUGUACUGUCAUGUGAAAUGCAGAAAUAAAACUGGUUUUAAUUUCUAUGCAAUAAAGAAAACUAAUAUGUUUUAACACAUUUAGUUAAUUUUGAACCAAAAACAAGUAGGCUUCUGUAAGUAUAAAUGUUAUAAUUUUGUUAUCACUCAAGUGAAUUUCUGUGUUUUACUGCAUCUUCUAGCAUUUUUGCUAUAGUUUGUAAAUACUACAGGACUUAUUUAUAAUACAUUUCUUUCUUUAUCCUGAAGCUUAUAGAUUUAUACUGUAUGUAUGCUAACAAUCUUAUGUUGCAAAAACAUAUGACUGUGUACUUUUGAUAAACAUUUUUCAUUAUUUUAAUUUUCUGAGAACCCGUUCUGUUUUAUGUUUUGUUUAUUAUAAAAUAAACUUAAUAUAGUUUAA